AUGGCAGCCCACAAUGAGGAUCUUAUUCAUGUCGACGAAACUCAGUCCUUUGAGGACGAAACGUACGCCUCGUUAGUAUCAGACGAUGCGAGCAGCUACGUGACCUCGAUCGAAUCGCACAUCCGCCACGGCAUCGAGGAAAAUGGCCGGCAGUACCCCGCCUACGGCAGAAACAUGUACGGCCUCCCCAUCGACGAAAGGGAGCAGGAGCGCAACAACAUCCAGCACGUCAAAUUCCGCCUCAUCAUCGGCGGGCGGCUGCAUCGUGCCCCGAUGCUCCCCGCGCCGGCAAGGAUAUUGGACCUGGGCACCGGGUCAGGCAUCUGGGCCAUCGAAGCCGCCGACCAGUACGAGACGGCCUCAGUGACGGGCGUGGACAUCGCGCCCGUGCAGCCCGAAUGGGUGCCGCCAAACUGCCAAUUCGAGGUCCAGGACAUCGAGGACGAAUGGCUCUUCUCCACCACCAACUUCGACUUUAUCCAUGCGCGCGAGCUCAUCAUGGCCAUCCGCGACUGGGACCGGCUGUUCCGACAGGCCUUCGACCACCUCCGGCCCGGCGCGUACAUGGAAGUCGGGGGCACGUACCCGACGCCCACGUCGGACGACGGCACGCUGCCGGCGGACUCGCACCUGAAGGAAGUCCAGAGACUGUUCUUCGAGAUGGCCGAGGCCAUGGGGGCGUCGCUGAACGCGCCCACACUGUGGAAGGCGCAGAUGGAGCGCGCCGGCUUCGUCGACGUCUCCGAGUCCGUCUACAAGGUGCCACAGGGCAUCUGGCCCAGAGACGCCAGGCUCAAGGAGAUCGGCGCCUACGAGAACUUCAGCCUCAGGAACGGGCUCGACGCCUACCUGCUUCGCGGCUACACCGCCGUCUUGGGGGGCGAUCCCGACGAAUUGCAAGUCCUCAUUGCCGAGACGAAACGCGAACUGCGCAAUCCGCGAAUGCACAGUUAUAUCUUCUAG